AUGAUGGAUACCAAGGUGAUCCUCUAUCUGGCGGCCUUCAGCCUCGUUGCGCCUGGGGCAUACGCAGCUCCCGCACCGCCAAAUGGAAUCCCGCAGCCCAAUCAGCCAGAGCGCCGCGACCCUCAGCUGCCCAAGCUGCCGGCGGUCCUGCCCCAGCUCGCACCCCUAGCUGCCGCCACGGCAUUGCCCACGACCGUCGCGGUCCCGGCCGUCGUCCCCACGGCCGUCAAUGUCGCCGUCAACCCGCUCAACAGCGUGCUCGCCGGCCUCAGCACCGUGCUGAAGAGCGACCUACCCGCCGCCGCGGCGACGGCUGUCGCGCUACCCAAAGAGCUGGUCCAACCCGUCACCGGCGCCCUCUUGCAAGAUCCCAUCAAGGCGGUGCAGCUGGCAGUCACGUCCCUCCUGAACGCCCUGUUGGGCGGCCAGACGAGCUUGUAUGGUGGCAGCCUCGUCACGCCGCUGAACGGUGCCGCGUCCGGGGUGACGGACAAGUUGGCCCAGACGCUUGGGUCGCUGUUCAGUGGUACUGGUCAGGGGACUGCUGCUGAUGUUGCUGGGGACGAUGGGGCGUUGAAGAAGAGGCAGGAUGAUGGAGAUGAAGGCAGCGGCUCUGAUACUGGCUCUGAUACUGAUACCUCAUGGGAAUGGUGGCCCAACGAGACGCAGCUCCUCGAGGAAUCUGACAUCGAGGGGUUCAGCAGCGAAGACGUUGGUACUGACGGCGAGGACUUUGGCACCGAUAACGAAGACACCGAUGACAACAGCGCUCCCAUCGUCAUCGAAUCGGACGACGACAGCAUGGAGAAGCGCCAGGUCGUGCCCGAACCCCAGAUCCUUGUCCCGAGUGCGGCCGCUGUUCCUUCUGGCGUCAGCGAUUCCGUUGCUGCCUUUGGGUCCUUCGCGCCCCUCGCUGACGCGACCCCUCUUUCGGCUGUGCCAUCAUCUCUGGCUGCUCUGGCUCCUGAUGGCACACCUGCGACUGCCAUCGUACCCGCCGUUCUCGUCAGCGCUCUUGCGGACCCAGACAACAACAGCCUCGCACCGAUCGGCACAGUCGAUCCUCUUGCGCCUUUGCCGACCGAGCUUGUUCCUGAGAGCGUUAUUGCCGCCAUUGCCGCCGCUGCUUCCGAGUUGCCCACUCCGAUUAAACGGACGAUCCAAGAAAUCGCCAAAUCUAAUGGUCUUCAGGUUCGGGAUGUAGCGGAGCUGAAGCAAGGUCUCGACACUGCAGAUGACCCGGCUGCUUAUGUCGCGCAAUUCAUCGCUGCUCAACUCAAGCCCGUUCUGAACGAGAUCGGCAACCAGAUGCAGGCGGCUCCCUCCGUUCUGGCCAACAUCGCUGCUGCUCAGGCAUCGAACGCCGCGGCACCUGCGUCCAUUGUUGCCGCCCAGCUUUCUGCCGCGCAGCCCAUCAUUGACUCGAUCCCGUCGAUCGUUCAGUCGCAGCUUGAGGCUGUGCCUACUGCCGCUCUUCCCGUCUUCUCGGCGGCUUCGAGCAUCCUCGACAACCUCGAGAAUGCCAGCGCCGGCGCGGUCAACCCCAUCGCAGCUCUGAUCCCUGACCCCACUGCUAUUGCCAGCAUGAUUGCCGAUGCUCUCCCUGUGGUCACGGCAACCUUCGAGGCCGCAACCUCGGAAGCCACACCGACUGAUAGCGCUGCCGUUGUCGCAGUCAGUGGCGCUGUUGUCGUCUCUAGCGUCGCAUCCGUCGGCCAGGACCUCGGUGUCACGCCCGUGGGACCACAGGUUGCGGUCGCCUCCGCCACAGCUGUUCCAACAGUCUACCCUACCGUAGGUUCACCCAUCAGCCUGCAGCCAUCUAGUGUUGUUCAAUCACUUUUGCCCCUUAUCCAGGUGUUCCCGUCCCGCCUUCGGGUGCCUUCAACUUUGAUUACGCAACCUUCGUCUCUUGCUCAGCCAUAUACGAUCCAAGUUCAAGUGUUUAGGCCUUCAAGCCGGCAGCACUCUCCUCUUUUGCAGCUUUCGUCCCAAUCAGUCACGUCUUCCAGUCAGCAGCGCAUCCCUUCCGUGCAGCCGUACCCAUCAUCAGCAGUGCAAAGCCAGGACACUAACAGCGCGACAGGCCUGGUAAACGGCGGGGUCAUCAUGGCAGAAAUAGCGACGGCAGUGACAACAACAAGAACAACGCCAUCAUCGACACUGCAAGUGGUUCCGGAGUUUUCUUCUUCCACCCUUCCAGUCAGGGAAGAAGACGAUGAUAACAACGAGGUCCCCAACAACAGCAUCGCCGAUCUCCUGACCCAACCUCUCUCUGCCGACGGCAUCGCCCAGCUGCUCGAAAACCAGAUGUACCUCCAGCUCGCCCCCUUGUUGCUGAUGCUGCAAUCGCUCGCCCCGCUAUCGUCAUCAUCAUCAUCGAACGUCAACCCGCUAUCCUCGUCUCUCCUUCACGACUUGCUCGGCCCAUCGUCACCGUCCUCUUCCUCGUCGUCAUCGAACCCCGCCAGCCGCAUCCUGGACCUCCUCCUCCCCGCAACUUCCGAUCCUUCCGACCCCCCCUCAACGUCAACGCCAACGCCAAGCACACCUUCUUCCUUCUCGUCCUCCUCUUCCCCCGACGCCGUCGCCGUCGACGACCCCAUCGCCAGCGCCUGGCUCGCCGGCGCGAAGCUCUUGCAGUCCAACUCGCUCGUCAACACGCGGCUGAUGUCUCCUCCCAGCGCUGCUGACGAUGACAACAACAACAACGAAAACGAAAACGAAAACGACAAGCCUGCAGCAGGAGCCGUCGGCAGCAGCAACAGCAUUAACGGAGGAAGCGGCGGCGGCGCCCCCGCCAUCGUCGCCAACCUGCUCAACACUCUCCUUUCGUCGUCGUCUUCUACCGCAGAUCUGACGCGCAGCCUGAGCAGGAAGGUGGCGGCGUUGGCGAAGUGGUCGGCGGACACGCAGACGGAGGCGGCGAGGGUGGGGGUCGAUGCGUGGGAGGAGUUGGUUGGGGUGUUGGUUUCUUAG